AUGGCUGACGAGGACGGACUCAGCCAAUUGCUUCUGAGGCUGAUGAGCCGCCCCAACGGCGACGACUCGCUUGACCAUCUUCGCCGGGCAGGCCCGCAGCGGACACUGGGCCCAGUGGGACUGGGGAAACAAUUCAUGAACAGAAAUAUCAGUGCCACCAUCACCAUCGGCAAACGGGGCCCGCAAAUGACUGCUCCCACUACUUUGACAGUUGGUAAACCCGCCAUCACCACCCGGCCACUGACUAAGCUGCUUCCGCUGAGUCUGGCACCGCAGAAAGCUCAUGAGGUGGGGUAUACCGAUUCUGUUGAACUUCCAGUGUGGUUUCACGAGGAUAAGCUUAGCGAGGUGCUUAUAAGACCCCUGGCUAUUGGUGGAGGCGUUAGAGAGGGCGAUGUUCUCACUUUACAGCCGGUUGGAGGUAAAUUGAAGCUAGUGUUUACCGUCGACGAAAACUCACUUAAAGACGAGGCGUCGGAGGAGACAUCCAAGGAGAUGAUACUGUUGAAACAAAACUACCAACUGGUGCUCAAUUUAGCUCCCAGAGGCAUGGCUACCAUAGCCCGGGUGCCAAACAUCGCCGAUGUCACUGCUGAUCUGGUCGAAAUCUUCAUCAAGGAUAUUAAUAUGGCCCGUGACUCAAUGUGGAAUUUCUCUGGGAAACUCGAGGGUCGAUGUGUACACCAAGACCAGCGACUCAUACACCAGAACUAUCGAGCUGGUGUGGUAAGAUGCAUUUACAAGAAUGGCAAACGGAUGUUUUCAGGGUACAUUUCUAAAGAUACACAUGUGGUGUACCGUCUGGAGCUGGCUAAGCUUACGGUGCUUAUUCAAUUGCUGCAGGAAAUGUGGCACUUUGAAGAGACUGGUGAGAUCUUGUUUCACAAACUUGUCAACUCUUUGUUUCCGCAAAUGUUCAAGCGGUGGCGUAAUGGCAAAACUCAUCAUUCAAUCACGAUUGUUCUCUUCACUCUGGUGGAUCUCACGACCAUUCCGUGGCUGUCUUUUGGUGCUGGGGAACGCCCUCAAGACCGCAGGGACUAUUUCCGCGUAGUGGUGGAUCAGGUCAACAUAUUGCACUGGGACAAAAUCAUGCUGAAUUUGCGGCUAGAGUUUGCCAACUUUAAGCGCGAUAUCAUGUUAGGAUCCCACGGAGAUCAGUACCGCAUUGAAGGAGAACCAUUACCUACAGUGAAAGGUAACAUUCUUGAAGCCAUCAACUUGGGGCUUCUGCUCCAACUAGAUCGGUUCCGCAAUACUGAUUUGAAGCAUCUGCUCAACAAUGUCAUCAUCAUCACUCCGGGGCUGGGCCUCUUUGACGUUGAGCAGGACUUGCUCCGCAUUACCAGUGACAAGAUUGCUCGGCUAGACUGUGGCAUCGAUAUCGUGUGUCUUCUGCCGCCCCCAUUACACACAACUCCGGUGUUUCGAUACUUGGACCAAGGGAAAGUGAGGUAUGGCAUCCCUAACUGGUGCGACAUCCUGUUCUACCACCAGGGAGAUGAGUACUCCAGUAAACAGUGGAUCCCUCGUUGCAAAAUUUACGAGUUGCAAAUGAUGGGGGUGACUGAAACCGACUGGAACCAAGUGAGAAUUGAGCGGUUUAUUCCCAGGCCAGGGACGACGUUGGAGGCGGCGAUGGAAGCCUACGACGACAGCGUGUUUCGCCCUGUGCGGCAACUUGCGGGACUGGAUCCCAUGACAGAAGAAGCCGUCGAUACCGCUGACCAAUCGCAGAUGUCGCUGCUGCUGCUGCUGCCCUAUGCCGAGACCACCUUGGCCCUCAUCAAGCUGACGGCGCCGGCGCCGGCACUUACGGGGACGGUGGUCAUUCAGGGAGCAGUGCCCACGGCUCAGAUCGCCAAUGACAAUGGUAAUACUGCGUUACACAAGUUAUACACGAUCAACAAAAACGACGAUAAGGGCGUGCUGGCGCGGAGACUGUCAAAUCUGACAAUUCAGCUGUUGCGAGACGUGUUCAAGCGGCCAAAGGCACUGGUACCGGAACUGGUGGUGGAGCUGACGGCGCUGGUCAAGCUGUUGACGCCCCUGAGAGUGCCUCAAGCAAGGACGAUAUUGGGGACUAGUGACAGCAAAACUGCGUCUAAAUUAUCACCGAAACGGGCUAAACGGCCAGAGAAGCGAGCAGCAAGGCGGCAACUGGAACGUACCCAUUUGACUACAACCAUCGGUACAGGCGCCGAUACCCCAGAGGAUACCGAUGCGACCGAUCCCAUGAAUCGAUUAUGGAUGGAGGUCGACAACCCUUUGCUUGAACCACAUCAAAAUACCCUCGAGCAUUUCCGUUUCCUGCGAUGGAGCGAAGUGUUCCCCGACAAUUACCGUCGUGGUCCGAUAAAGUGGCGAGCGUUUAUGGCACCGGCAGCCCUUCCCACGCUGACGUCUUUGUUUCCGUCCCCAGAAGUGUUGGAACACAACUACACGUUUCAAACUUAUAAUGUGGUUCUUGCUGACGAUAACUACUGGGGGAUCUCGAACGUACACGACCUCAUGUUUGAGAUGAUCAGAUUACGGCUUGCCCUUGGGUUUCAAGUGUGCUAUGGUGACGCUGUGAAGAAAGUGGAGACUGAAAGACAACCAGGGGGUAGUGCUGAGGGGCUUAUCAAGUAUUUCUCUCCGGUUAAACUGGUGCUGGCAAGUUACAUCUAUAUGUGUUAUGAACACGAGAUUCACCGCAUCAGUUGCGACUUUAGCGGUACUCUCACCGUCCAACUUUAUCUGAGAAUUCCCCCUGAUCUUUUAUUAAACCCCAUUCGUUUGGGAGCUCAGCCCAGUGAGAAGAAGUACACCCCACUCAUCCGAACUCGGUACGCUGACACGUAUCUGCCAGCACAACAAGACUUUUUGGCACCACCACCUGCGCCUCAACAGAACUGGAACCAGCUUGAUCAAAUGAUGGCCGGUUACGAUGACGCUGUGGCCUCGCCUGCUCGUCAAUUUCAUCGGAUGAAAUUCGUGGUUAUGCCUCUGGAAGUACCCAAAAAUACUCAUUUAGUGAGCCCAGAACUUUCCGACGAGGAAAUCAGAGUAGACGGUUUGCGUAAGCUUGUGGCUGCUAUUGAGAAGGAUAAAACCAAGGACCCGGAAAUCUUAUUCUACACGGGCAACUUGUUUGACUUCUUGAGUCAGGAACAAGAUAUUGAUGCCGGUGCCAAAAAGCUCAGCACUAAGCUUUCCACAGCAACGUCGAUGGUCCAGCUUGCUCAAGAGCUUCAAGGUCCCAAUGGACUCCAGCUUACCGAUCGCAAGUGGCAUUUUAAGAAGCAUCUUCGGUCAUUUGUGGGGCUGGACUUUGUCUCGUGGCUCGUGGAAAACUUUGACGACAUCAAUCUGAGAGACGAUGCUAUGGCCUUUGGCACAAAGUGUUUUGAAGCAGGGAUGUUCCGUCAUGUCGAACAACGCCACCCGUUGUUGGAUGGUCACUACUUUUACAAGUUCGAAGAAGACUACGUUGACUUGACGAGACCUGAUAAACCUAAAGCACUGUGGUUCAAGAAGCAGGCGCUGGACGGAGAUCUGAACUUACUGGGCGGCGAGUUGAGACCAGUGGAUCUGGAGGUAUCGCUGCAUACCCCUCACAAGCGGUUAUACAUGUUGAGUCGCUCAGUUCGUUUCAACGUCGAUCCCAACCACAGUCUGGACCGGUCAGAGAUUGUCACGGUUCACUACGAUCGAGUGCACAACCCAGAACAUUGCUACCACAUUCGUCUCCAAUGGUUGAAUGCCACCGCCAAGUUUAUCGACGAAACGAUUACUGGUUGGGCACGGAUGUGUACCCGUCAUGGACUUAAGCUUGUGGAGACCCCGUGGACUGAGCUUUGUCAACUCCCCAGAUUGCUGCCGUUCCACAGUUUCGUCGAACUCAAGCUUGCCGUAAAUCCUGGGGACGUCGUCGGUGCUGACGAUCCCAUUUUGCAGCAAACCCCCUUCUACUACCACUUGUAUUUCUUGAAAAAGAUGGACUUCUACCUUGAUAACCGUCUGACUCAAUUCUUCUCGAAAGAGGAAAACGUCGAAGUGGUAUACCUGUGGGGGGCACCUCGAUUUAAGUAUGCCCAAUUCAUUCAUGGAACUGGUACUUACAUGAUCGAGCUUCGUGACAACGGUGAGUUCUUCAUGGCUCCCAACAACACCCACAUGAUUCGGGUUAACCUGGCGAUCAUCUCCCUGCAGAUUGAAAAUGAUGGCUUCCACCGAGCUCCCGCCCUGAUCGACCCACAAAAAGUGAUGCUCAAGUUCCGCCUGGCGUGUCAAGACGAAGCCUACUUGCGAAGAUUGUUCCAUGAAGCCCGUGACGAGUGGCGAGCUGAGCUAUUGGAGAGCGUGUAG